AUGGAAGAGUAUGAGAAGUUCUGUGAGAAAAGUCUCGCCACAAUCCAAGAAGCACCAGUCUCCGGGGACGGCUUCCUACCUGCCCAAUCUGAAAGCACCUCACUGAUAAGCUUCCAUGGAGUGGCUGUCCUUUCUCCACUGCUUAACAUUGAGAGGAGAAAGGAAAUGCAACAAGAAAAGCAGAAAGCCCUUGAUGUAGAAGCAAGAAAGCAGGUUAACAGGAAGAAAGCUUUACUGACUCGUGUCCAAGAGAUCCUUGAAAACGUUCAGGUUAGAAAAGCACCUAUUGCCAGUGACUUUGAUCAGUGGGAGACGGAAACAGUUUACUCUAAUUCAGAAGUCCCACACUUGAAUGUUCCUGCUACAUUUCCAAAUAACUUGCCAAGCCCUCCUGCACAAUGUACUUCAAAAAGGUUUGAAACAAAACCUGGAAUUUUGCGUUUGGGUAAUGAGGACCAACUUCAGUGUAAUGGAGUCGACUUAGCUAGUGACUCAGAAGGAUCCAGUUCCCUGAAGCAAUGUGAUGGCUCAGACAUUAGCCACACAAAAAAUGAACCUUCUCCAAAGACCUGUUCAGCAACCCCACCAGAAACUCUAAUUUCUGAUAGUCUCUCCCCGCAAAAUGAAGCACAGGAUCCAACCAUUUUGGAAGAAGUCACUCUGGACCCCUACAUAAUGAGUCUUCAAAAACUGAUGAAAAAAUCAAAGGAAUAUAUAGAAAGAGAACAGUCUCGACGCAGCCUGGGAAGUAGUGCGAAGAGGAGUUUUAAUGAGAGUCAUUCUGACCAAGAAAAUGAUGCUGGAAAAGUACAGACAGCGGACUUAACUGUUCAAGAUGCUGAUGAGGAAACAAACAUACCUGGAAAGGAGAAAGGUCAGUGGCUAGGUAAACACUGCAGCUCAGCGAUUCUUGACAAACCAAGCCUUAAUAAAUCAAAUGUCCUCCUCCAAGGUGCUUCCACUCAAGCUAGCAGCGUGAGCCCGUCCGUUCUGACUAGCUUUUCUAAAGUGGACCUGCCUAGACAAGCUGACCAUCCCACUGUUGUAGAUUCUGAUACUGAUGUCAAGGUCAUUCCCACUCUUGUUCCUGAAAGUCAUGUUAGCAAAAAUCUCACUGGUUCCUAUGCCAAAUUACCUAGUCCAGAGCCAAGCAUGAGUCCUAAACUGCAUCGAAGACGUUCUAGGCCAUCAUCAGCAUGUCAUAUACUUAUAAAUAAUCCUAUAAAUGCCUGUGAAUUAAGUCCAAAAGGAAAAGUACAGACAGUGGACUUAACUGUUCAAGAUGCUGAUGAGAAAACAAACAUACCUGAAACUGUGCCAAAGUUUCCCGUGGAUUUAACUGGAGCACAUUCAAGCAAGGUUUAUGACAGCAAAAAUGCGUCCGAAGUCGUGGCCGAAACGGCUCUAAGUAAAUCAAAGCAGGUAUGUCAGUCUUCAGGAAAUCAACUCGUAAAUAAAGUCAUUCAUGGACUCGAUCCUGUGGAAGGUCAGCUGCCAUCUGAUGGGAGAGGACCACAUAAAAUGGACAGCAGCUGUACGGCAGUACUGAGUUCGCAUGACCCACAUGGUACCAACCAAUGUAUAAUGAGUCAGAACUUUGGGAGUGUGAGUGGCCUUCAGCCAGCCAGUGUGCUUGAGAAAACCUCCUGCACUUUACAGAUGGAACUGAACAAGUCUUACGAUGUAAAGAACCCGUCUCCCUUACUGAUGCAAACCCAGGAUAGUAAGCAGCAGAUGGACACACCCACAGUGUCCUGUAGGAAUGAAGAGCUUUUGGAAAACAGUUUUGAGAAAGUUAAGCGGAGAUUAGAUUUAGAGAUUGAUAGCAUGCAGAAAGAAAACUACCCUUAUGUUAUAACAACUGGAAUAACUGAUCAGGAAAGGCAACCUUUGUUGGAAAAAAGAUACCCUAAGGGCCCUGUGUGCAUCAACAAGAAUAAAAUAUUAGAAAAGAGUUCAAAAGAGUGUGAGGAGGUCUUAAAAAGCAAGAUGUUAGCUUUUGAAGAAAUGCGGAAGCGACUAGAAGAACAGCAUGCCCAGCAGCUCUCACUACUCAUAGCUGAGCAGGAGAGGGAACAGGAAAGAUUGCAGACGGAAAUAGAAGAGCAGGAGAAAAUGUUAAAGGAGAAGCAGGUGGUCCCAGCAGGCACCUCUGCGCUUGAUAGCAGCCAUGCACUGGAGCUAGAGUGGAGAAAAAUCGGUGGCUCUGGGUUGCUAGAAACGAUGCUGUCUCAAGUGGACACACUCCAUACUUCAAGUUCAAAUCAUUCUGGUUUCCUGAAUUCUACCCUGCAGCACAGCUUUGGUGCUGCAAACGAGUCACCAUUCUACCUCUGGGGAUCCUCAACUAGUGGUUUGACCAAAAUCUCAGUAAUCAGAACUUUUGGAAGGGCCAAAACUAGAUGGUCUCAGGUUUUCAGUCCAGACGUACAAGGAAAAUUCAACAAAAUAAGCGCUGUGGCAAAAGGGUUUCUCACUCGCCGACUUCUGCAGACUGAGAAGCUGAAGCAGCUUCGACAAACUGUGAAAGAUACCAUGGAAUUCAUGAAAAGUUUUCAGUCCGAAGCCCCAUUAAAGAGAGGCGUUGUUUCUGCACAAGAUGUCUCUCUUCAAGAACGAGUGUUAGCGCAGUUGCGAGCUGCCCUGUAUGGUAUUCAUGACAUAUUCUUUGUAAUGGAUGCAGCUGAAAGAAUGUCUAUUCUGCACCAUGAUCGAGAAGUCCAAAAAGAGAAAAUGCUCAGACAAAUGGAUAAAAUGAAAAGCCCGCGAGUAGCUCUUUCAGCUGCAACACAGAAGUCUCUUGAUAGGAAGAAGUACAUGAAAGCUGCUGAAAUGGGAAUGCCAAAUAAGAAAAUUUUCCUUAAACAAAAUCCUUCUGAAACAAGAGUCCUUCAGCCAAACCAAGGACAGAAUGCACCUGCUCAUAGGCUACUUAACAGACAAGGAACCCCUAAGACAUCAGUGAAGGGGGUUGUGCAAACUAGACAGAAGCCUUCACAGAGCAGAGUGCCUAGCAGAGCGCCUGUUUCAGGAGUAUAUGCAGGAAAAAUCCAAAGAAAGCGGCCAAAUGUUGCGACAAUUUAA